CACCGGAGCCGGAUCCCCGUAUCACCGCAGGCUGUCCCGGUCGGUGUGUGACGGAGCUGCAGGGAGAGAAACAGCGUCGGCAGGGUGUACGCUGAGUUGCGAGCACGGAGCGGCCCUGCUGGGCGGAGCAGGGUGUGGGAAGCAGCAACAGGAGCAGGUGGGCGGUGUCAGCAGAUCACCUGAGAUAGGAGAGGCUACUCGGCACCGGCCCUACCUCCUAUCCCUCCAGCAGCUGUGGGGUUUUUAAAAAAUUUGGUUUAAUCGCCGCUGUCCAUUUCGGAGGAUCUUGUAGUUUUCUGGAAGAAUGAGCGCCUACACUGUGUCACUGCCCGGCCCCGGCCCCUGGGGCUUCAGGCUGCAGGGCGGGAAGGACUUCAACAUGCCGCUGACCAUAUCCAGGAUCACUCCGGGCAGCAAGGCAGCGCAGGGCAACCUGGUGCAGGGUGAUGUCAUUGUCGCCAUCGAUGGCGUCAGCACUGAGGGGAUGACUCAUCUGGAGGCCCAGAACAAGAUCAAGAUGGCCAACUACAACCUGGCACUUACCAUGUCCAAGUCGAAGCGUCCCAUUCCGUUGUCCACACCGAGAAUCGACGCCUCUGCUAUUCCCAUGAUCCCUCACCAACAGUCAGCGCAGGUCAACGGCCGACUGUCGGCCUGCAGUGCCUCCUCCGGGCCUGUAGAGGCCGACUCUCCUGGGGGGAGAGCGAAGAAGCAGUAUAACUCACCAAUCGGCCUGUACUCAGAGGAGACUCUGAGCAAGAUGGCGGCCAUUCAGGCGGGUCGGCCUGCGGGUACUCUCCCAGUUAAAGACCGUCUUGUAGACAGCGCCUCCCCGGUCUAUCAGGCCGUCCAGAGUGCAGAGAAGGACCCAGACCUGGGCGAAUGGGGCCGCCGCAGCACCAAUAUGCAGUCCAAGUCCUUCCGAGUCCUGGCCCACAUGACUGGAACUGAGUCCUUGCCAGGGGAGGAGGAGGUGGAGGAGGCGCUGAGGAGGAGCAGCCCUACUGAGCAUGCUCCAGCUUCUGCUGGCUCCGCUCCCGCCACUCCACCUGCUAGCGCCGCUGUGCAGCCUCUGGACCCCGCCCCUUACAGCCUGAAACGACAGUCUGCUACUGGUUACGGCAUCCAGCACAAAGCUGCAGUCUCCAGCCAGUACUGUCAGCCUCCUGCCAUGUAUCAGGCUCCACAAGGCCCACCUCCGCAGCACUACCAACAAAUGCCACCACAGUACCAGCAGCCUCCCACGCAACAGUUCCAGCCCACACAGCAGAGCUCUAUCCAGAUCCCUCUUGGCUCCGCCCCUCCCAAGGUGGUCAGCACGGCUUGCAUCUACCCCUCCCAGCCAGCCUCAGCUCCCUUUCCAGCUCCAGCUCCAGCUCCAGCUCCUGCUCCAAUCCUACCUCAGCCCCGCCCUCCAGCUGCUGCCCCAGCCCCAGCUCCGGCUGGUUCUGGCUCCUCUAACAGACCCCCCUGGGUGUCCGAUACCAACUUUGCUGAUAAGUUCGACCCCAGUAAGAUGACCACCACCACCAUGAAGGUACAGCCGCUGCCCCAGGCCGCCCCUCCUCCACCAGCAUACAUCCCCAACCCCUCCCCCGCUGCACCUGCAGCUCCCAGCCCUGCCCCCAUCACUCCGAGUCCUGCUCCUUUCUCACCUGUGGCAAGAGGCGUGGCCCAAAGGGCAGAGAGGUUCGCCGCCAGCAGCCGUACGCCUCUGUGUGGGUCCUGCAACAGCGUCAUCAGGGGCCCCUUCCUGGUAGCCCUCGGUCGGUCCUGGCACCCCGAGGAGUUUAACUGUGCCUACUGCCACAUGUCUCUGGCUGACGUCAGCUUUGUGGAGGAACAGAACAACGUCUACUGUGAAAACUGCUACGAGGAGUUCUUCGCUCCGACCUGUGCCCGCUGCAACACCAAGAUCAUGGGGGAAGUGAUGCACGCUCUGCGACAGACGUGGCACACCACCUGCUUCGUGUGCGCAGCCUGCGGCAAAGCCUUCGGAAACAGCCUCUUCCACAUGGAAGACGGAGAGCCGUACUGCGAGAAAGAUUAUAUCUCACUCUUCAGCACUAAGUGUCAUGGCUGUGACUUCCCGGUUGAAGCUGGUGAUAAGUUCAUUGAGGCUCUGGGUCACACCUGGCAUGACACCUGCUUCGUCUGUGCGGUUUGCCAUGUGAACCUUGAGGGCCAGCCUUUCUACUCUAAGAAAGACAAACCUCUGUGCAAGAAGCACGCUCACGCCAUCAACGUGUAGACCGACCAGCUGCAGAUCUGCUGCUCACCGAGGGCAACGCUGCCGCCCACGACAACGAACGCAAGCCAACGACAACAACAACUUUCACAGAUUUGUGUAAACGCUCUAUAUGCAAAAUACACUUUGGUUUGAGACUUUUCUUUUUGUGCAUUAAUAUUAAUGACUGAAACUAUGCUACCUGACGAUUCUGCUUCAGAACAGGAACGUAUGUAAAACAAAAACAUGAUGUUUUCUGUUGUACAUCCAACCCUUUAUGGUGUACUGUCAGGUUUUUUUUUUCCUAUGUUUUGUACCAGAAAAUACUUGUGGUUAAGGUGACCGGUGUGCUGUUCAGUUCAGAAUUGGAGGAGUUUAUAAGGAGUCUGGAGUGUGCCAAAUCAAAUAACUGUAGACAUUUUCAUGUUAAAGACAUGAUACAAAAUUCGAUAUUUAUAAUAAUUUUAAUGAUUUAAUAAUUUAUUCUCUUUACUCAUACUGUCUUUAUGUGAUGAAAUAACAAAGUAAAAUAUAUCAUCUAAAAGAUCAUUUUAAAUUAAGUUUGCAAUUUCAUUUUCAUAAUCUCAUUUGAAAAUGACCUUAAAAAAAUAAGGAAAUAUAAUUAUUGCUAGCAAGAUUUAAUAAUACAUUUUUAUUAAUUCUUCAAAACAAAAUUUCAUAUACUGAUUAUAAUUAACUACUGAAAAAGGUUAUAACUUUUCCAGUGACACACCCGAGACUCCAUACAGUGAACUGCACAGCUGUAGUUUGUCUCUACAAUGUUGUUCUAAUCUUGGACUUGUUUUUGUGCCUAUUUUGAUUUUGACAUGUUUGGGUCUCUUGAAUGCCACCUUCAUUUUUUUUUCACUUAACUAAACAAAAGAAAUGUGUUAAUAAUGUUUGGUUCAGCUCUACAAUAUAAAAUAUUUCAGCUGUAGAAACCAGAAAGUACUCAGCGCAGCAGGCAGAACAGUGACGCUUCACUUUGACAUUAUAAAAGAUAGAAACCGGUUUAUUUCUUGUUUUGGUUUUGACGAGAGUGUGAUCAACUCUGCUCUCAGUCCAGCCAAGUUUUGAUCUGACUGUGUGACAGUGAACUGAACAGCAGAGCAGCACAUGAAGAAGCCUUAUCUGACAUGUUGUUAGAAGUGAGACUGGCAGUGAAUGUAACACAAAUGUUUUUGGAGACAGGACCUGGUGACACUUUCCACUAGCCUCAUUCCACUGGGUGAACCUGUGUGCUCAAAUAUGAAAAACAAGUCUAAGUGCACAAUGAUACUGUGUAAACCCGGUUACACCAGAACCUGAUGCAAGGGGUGGUUCUGUGAGCUUGGUGACAAAGUGACAUGGGGCAGUGCCAGAAGAGCAGUCAGGGCCCCUGCCCCAGAAUCUCUGUAUAAAGUGAUUUCCUGUGACUGAAAAUGCAAUCCAACAACUACGAAAAGAUUCAAAACAGCCACAAAAUAACUAUAAAGAGUAACAAAACAGCCGCAUACAGAUGCAACACAACUACGGAGACACUAAAUGACUACAAAGAGACACAAAAUGACAACAUAGAGGCGCAGAAGACUACAGACACAAAACAGCCACAUUUAAAAGCAACAUACAGCAACAAAGAGACAAAGAAUGACUACAAAGAGGCACAAAAUGACAACAUAGAAAUGCCACAGACGACUACAAAGAGGGGCAGAACAACCACAGACACAAACAACUACUUAGAGGAGACACAAAAUGACCACAAACAACUGGAAAGAAACACAAAUCGACCACUAGAAAUGCAACACAACAGCUACAAAGAUACACAAAACAGCUACAGAGGGACGCAGAACGACCUCAAACAGAAGCAGCUUCUCUUUCAACUAUAAUGUCUUGUCACUUCCAUAUUUCAUCUCUACGGGGUGAUUUUGAUUCAAAAACAAGUGUACGCUAUGUAAAGCACAUGCAGUGCGGACCUAUUUCCUGCUCUCACACAGUAUUUCAGUGUAUUUGGAGUUGUUUUUCCAGGUGAACCUGCUCAGGUGAGGCUGCUGCAGUGUGUCAGUGGUGUCUGAUGAUGUGAUGUGAAGUGUAGCUUCUAAUCCCUCUUUGACUUCACGUACUGUAGGUGUUACUAUGCAACAAAUAAUCUUGAAUUUCAUAUUUAUUGACUAUUUUGACUGUGUGAUAUUUAUUUAAGAGCUAAUAUAUCAUCACUGCUGCGUUCAGUGCUCAUCAGAUUAUUAGUUGUUUAAUUUGUUUUGUGGAUGUUUGGCAUCACAAGAUGUACUUUGAGUGUUAAUAGAUUUUUUUUUGUAAUCUCUUUAUGUUUUUGAGCUUGAAUGUUUGUGGCGUUUUUCACUUCAAGGCCACUUAAUAGCUCCGUUCACACUGCAGGCCUUUGGACUGUUUAUUUAAUUUGAUUUUUUUAUUAUCUUAUCUUAUAGAAAAAAUAUGAUCAUCAUUGAUAAGGUACAACUUAGAUCUGAUCGAGAUACAAGGAAACAGUAAACAACCAACCUGUCACUGUCAAUCUCCAUUCAGACUUACUUAGAAAAGUGAAACUGUCUGGUUCGAGUUGAACUUUUGAUUGCCUUGUAUUUGCAGAGAGAAAUCAGAGGUGUUUCCCAUUCACUUCAAUGCAGGCAAUGUGUUUUAGCAGCAUCUGGUGGCCAUCAGAAGAACUGCAGCUUAACAAACUGCAAUAUAAAGCAUGAUCCGUUUCACAUCCCUUCUUUAUUUGCUCCAGGUACAGUGAAUGACAAAGAUAAACACAGAAUCAAAGCACACACAACUAGGGCUGGGCGAUAUGGCUUAAAAAUAAAAUCUCCGAUUUUUUCACUCCAAACCCGAUUUACGAUUUUAAUCGAUUUUUUUGGUAGACUGUUUUCUAGCGGGUGUUUGUGGGCUGCGGUCCUGUAUAUCACGCAGAGAGCAACAUUUCUCCCACUCGGCUGCAUGCCUCUGCUUGAGGUGCUGGAAUAAAUUGGUCGUACUGCUACCUUUGGUUGCAACAGCUUUCAAACAAACUUUGCAGUGGGUCGCUGUUUGUUCGCUGUCAGACGCCACAAAACCAAACCAGUUCCAAACAACCGACGACACUGUGCCUUUUUUGGGGAUGAGCUCAUCCUGGCUUGCUGCCAUGUUGUGUUUAUCUGUGGAGAGGCGGGGGAAGGGGUCAGCGCACUCUGACCUAGGGGAGCCCAAAGGGAGCGCCGGUGUUGUGGAAGUUCAAGAGAAAACCGAUUUUAACUAAAAAUAAAUCGUGUUUAACUACAAAUUCGAGUUAACCGAUAAAAUUGAUUUAUCGGCCAGCCCUACACACAAUAAAUAAAAACAUCAGAACUUUUUAUCAGGCAGUGUAAACACAUCCUGAGAUACCAGUGUGUAAGAUUUAGUGGCAUAGAGCGGUGAGAUUGCAGCUUGCAACCAACUGAAACCCCUUGACUCAACCAAGCAAACGCUGAAAGCACUAUCUAGAGCCAGCCUUCUGGGCUACUGUAGAAACAUGGUGGGUCAACAUGGCAGACUUUGUAGAACACUAGUUUCCCAUCCACAACCAUUUUGUGCAUGCUGCUAUGUGGCAAAAAAAGCAGCUUUUAUACAGACAUUUUCAGCAUUUACAAGUAUUGCGACUCUUUAACAACACGGCACGCAUCAUUUAACAACGGACUGCCCGAGAAUAUUCCAUUUCUGCCAAUAGAUCCUCCUAAAUGUUACACACUGGAUCUUUAGGACAUAAAACCUGAUGUUUUGCAGUGUGAACAGGGCUUCAAAUACACUGAAUAAAUGAUUUGUUUUUCAGAUGAACUUUGACACAAGUUUCUGUGGGGAAACGUUGAGACACGUCUCCCUGCAGUGUACGGUGCCUUUAGGCCACUCUGUGAUCUGUUUGUCUGACUGGCACACAGCUCUGACAGGUCUGUGUGCUGGUGUACAGUUUUUACUUUAAUAUUUUAUACAGUUUGUGUGUUUUCCAGAGAGUGAAUGUAUGCAUGCAGAAUGUUUGUCACAGUUUGUCACAGCAUGUCGAGCAAGGCAACAUCAGUAUUAGUGUUUGUGUCAUGACAAAGAGACUACGCCCACUGUUAAACAUUAUUACAAGUGUUUGAACUGGUUUUGGUGUCAAUGAGCUGCAAGUGAAACAUUAUUGAUGUAACUUAAUGACUGAAGGACGGAUGGAAGCUGGAGUAACAUUAAGCCUCUUAGACUGGUCAUAGGAGGUUCAGCUGCUUCACUACAUUUGUUUAACAGGUUUUGAAUAUUUGAAGAAUACAUGUGUUGCAAGUCGAAUAAACUGAGCACUUCAUACACUUCAAA